AUGACGGUCGCCCUCGCCGUGGCGGACGCGGGCGUGCACACCGUCGCGGUGCGCCACCAGGGCUUUGCCAACAGCACGGCCGACGUCACCGUGCUCGUGAGGGCCUGCGGUGUGGUCUCCGAGCAGUCCUUCGCUCUGCAGGGCGACGGCAGCCUCGGGUACCUGCUGGUCGGCCUGUUCACCGUGCCAGGCCCUGGCUGUUCCCGGGGCGACGCUGGCUCCGCCGGCGCGCGCUCGGCCUGGCAGUCCACCGCCCUGCCGGGGGCCCUGCCCGCGGAGACGGCGGCGCCGCUGUCGGACGGGAACUACUCGACCUGCAUCGAGACGGGGGGCCUCGGCGGCCAGGUCGAGGACCUCAGCCCCUGGUGGAAGGUGGACCUCGGCAAGGUCUCGCGCGUUGAGGCCGUCUGGGUGCUCACCAGCCAGGCGCAGGGCGGCUCCAGCGGCCACGCCACGGAGGUGGACAUCUACGUGGCCAACAUCACGCACGGCGAGCCCGUGCUGUGCGCCGCGGGGGUGCGCGUCGGCCGCUCCGAGGGUGGCGGCGUCGACGCCGGGUGGCCCCCCGCCGCCGCGGGCUGCGGCGCCCACAACGGCACGCGCGGGCUGCUCGGGAGGUACGUGUGGGUGAUGAGCACCACGGGCAGUCCCCUGUCGUUGUGCGAGGUGGAGGUCUACACGGCCCCGCUACCCAUCCUGGCGCAGGCCGUGCUCCGCUGGGGCACGGGCAGCGACGGCUACGGAGCCGUGUGCGGGGCGUUCGCCGUGGAGGUGGAGUGGUCGGACGACAACGUCACCUGGUACCCCAUGUGGAACGACACUACAAUGGAGGCCACGUCGACGGAGCAGCAGGUGCCAGGCCAGCACAACGUCGAUGAGGGCAUUGGUAGUGGGUCUGCGUUGGCCGCGUCGAUGGAUUUUGCAGAGGCGACCAUUGAUGAUUAA